UCCCAGCAGAGUUUCAGAAAAAGACGCAGGAAAGCUGCGCCUUGGAGAAACUCUGAGGAAGAGGAGGAGGAGGAGGAAGAGCGGCGCCUCUCUGGACGGUCAUAUGGUUCUUGUUUGGACCACAUGAUCCCCCGGAGAACCUCUGGAGAACUCCGGAGAACCUCUGGAGAACUUCUGUGCGCUCAGCUGCGUUAAACGUCUCCUGACCCUUUAGAGUCGAUCAUCUGGAUUUAGUUCUUCUAAGAGAGUCUGAGGAGGAUCCAGGAGGAGAAUCCGUGAAGGAGAACUUAGUCCAGCUGGUAGUAAACUUCACCGAGCUGUUGGAUCAUCAGGAUUUAUGUGGAUUUCGGAUCUAUCCUGACUUGUGUAGAACUGAAGCCUCUCAGCCUCCUAAGCUCCCACAUUAACCCCUUCCUCCACCAGAACCAAUCAGGAGCCUCCGUCAGUCUCACCUGUGGGCGGGGCUCGGUGGGAGGAAUGCAGGUGAUGAAGGUGAGGAGUGAAGCUUCUCCUCCUCCUCCAUGCGGUGCCUCCUCCUCCGGGCCGCCGGGACGCUGCUCCGCCGCCGGUCCCUGUCCGGUCCGCUGCUGCUGCUCGGUGUGGCGGCGUGUCUGUUCUACCAGAGCCUGACGGCGGCCCGGAACCACCGGCUCCGGUCCGGUCCACAGCAGCAGCAGAGGGAGGUCCGGACGGCGGCGGAGGACGUCCUGAUGGAGACCCGAGAGCUGGUGUGUUCUCUGGAGGACCUGCGGGCCCAGGUCCCAGGUCUCGUCCAGAGGCUCCUCCCCUCCAGGCAAGGCGCCGUCAGGGCCGUGGUUCUGACGGGUCGGAGGUCGUGGUGGGACCCGAGGUCCAGCUGUACCAAGAGGGUUCUGCAGCAGACGGGCUUCCAGGUCCAGCGAGCCGAUACGCAGAACCAGCAGCUUCCUGAGACCGGCCUCCUGCUGUGUCUCAGUUCUUCGGAGCAGAGCUGUCUGAGGAGGAUCUUUUCUCAGCUGCAGCGUCAUCAGACGGUGAACCUGCUGCCUGGUCUGAUGGAGGCGUUCUCUGAUGCAGGUGGAGGUGUGUGUCGCUUCUACAGCAGAUCUGAUUUACCCAUGAGGCUGCACUCCUGUGGAUCGACCAAUCAGAAGCUGCAGAUUCCUUCAGACAGUGACUCACCUGUGGAAGCUCCACCUCCUGCUCUGGUUGCCAUGGUGAAUGUUUACGUCCUGGUAACCUCAGUGACGCCUCUUACCUCCUUCCUGCAUGACAUCAGUGUGGUAAUGACCAAUCAGCCGAGGGUUCGACCUGUGAAGCUCCGUGACUUCCUGCUGCAGCAGCUCAGACCAACAAACUCCCAUCAGGCCUUAGGUCAGGUGAAGCAGGUGAUAGGUGAGGUGCUGCAGGCGGCGACAGCCAAUGAGACGCAGCGACAAUCGUGUGUCCUGUGUUUCCAGCUGCUUACCUUCACUCUGCUGUUCAGUGGUUCCGUCUCACCUGUGGUCGUCCAGGUGAACUCUGAUUGGACGUUUUCUUCUCUGAGCGACGAAACGUUUGAAGGACAAAUAACCAAAGAUCUGAUCCUGGAGGACGUCAUGAACUUCCUGCUGCCGCUCAGAGCACACCUGAAGGACACACACCUGAAGGACACACACCUGGAGGACACACACCUGAAGGACACACACCUGGAGACGGACACACACCUGGAGACGGACACACACCUGGAGACGGACACACACCUGGAGGACACACACCUGGAGGACACACACCUGGAGGACACACACCUGUCCUCCUCAGAGACAAGGGAACAGCUCGGUUCCUGCAGAACAACUGAAUGUUUGUCGGAGAACCAACUUCUGCUGCUGCUGCAGUUUCAGCAGCAGAUUAAAACUCCGUCAGCGUUUCAGCCGAUCUCUCCCAGCAUUUCUUCUUCGUCUUCUUCGUCUUUCGGUGUCUCUGACCUUCUCACCAGGAUCAGGAGUUUCUACGAGCUCCAGACAAACAUCAGCUGCAGGACUGACGAGGCGGAGGAACCGACCAAUCAGCAGCCGGCUCAGUCGUCUUCACAGGACGAAGGUUCCUGUGUGGACCCGCACCUCCGACAGAUCUACACUGACCCCGCCCUCACCUUGACUCCGCCCUUCAGUCCUCAGGUAAAGGAGUAUCAGGCCGAGGUGACCUUUGACACGGUGACCAUCAGAAUCCGACCAGAACCGAUGAGUUCAGCCUGCAGGGUUCACCUGGAUGAGCACCGAGGACCCAGGAUGGCAAACUUCCCGGUCGGCCUCGGCAAGAGCAGGAUCAGCAUCCUGGUGACGGACGGCGCCGAUCCGGAGCCCGUCGUCAUGACGAUCUACACCGUCCACGUGUUCCGGGAGAGCCGGCCCAGCCUGCCCAUGUUUGGAGAUCAUGUGAUGUGCAGCUUCCUGCAGGACUGUGGUCUUCAGGUCCAACCGGGUCGGUUCUGUGGUCUUCAGCCUCACAUCAGUUCUGAGGGUCCAGAUCAGACCUGCAGCUCCGGAGACGUCCCAGGUCGGUGGGUGGUGCCAUGUCUCAGCUGUUCUGACAACAGGACGUGUGAUUGGAGGGAGGUUGCCUGGCAACCAGACGGCUGUUACCACCCGCUGGUGGACCGCCCCCUGCUGCAGGACUGUAUGACGGACAGGAAGGUGAUGUUCAUCGGAGACUCGACCAAUCGGGGGAUGAUGUACUUCCUGAUGGAGCGGGUCAACUCCAGCCUGGAGGACUGGGGCAAAGCUCACGACACGCUGGUGUACCAGAACCUGAACGGGGGGCGGAGCCUCAUCAGCUACUCCUACUAUCCUCAGUUCUGGUUGGAGAAGAAGCAGAGACCCACCUUCAGACGAGCUCUACUGCAGCUGCUCAACAGGUCGCGACCUCUAGAGAACUCCAACAGGACGGUUCUGGUGGUGGGCGGAGUCCAGUGGCUGAACACGGAUCACCUGAGAACAGUUGCAGAGGUUCUGGACAGAGAGUCUCUGGGUAACAUCCUGGUGGUGGUCAAGUCUCUGGGGAUGGGGUUCCACCUUCCAGUGGACGGGAUCCGGUCCCUCAGCCUGACAGAGAUACAGAACCUGUACCGAGAGAAUGCCAACAUCAUCGCCACCGCAAAGCAUCAUGGGUAUGAGGUCAUCGACACAUUCAGCAUCACGAUGGGUCGAUACAAAGAGUUCCUGCAGGGACGAUGUGCCUGCCACUUCCACGAGGUGGAGAAGCUUUGGUCCACUAAACCUCCCAGCGACACGUCGUCAACCACCAACAGGACCAGAACUGCACCUGGACUCAGCAGCCAAUCGGCUCUAUCGGACACGGACCAGGAGGCGGAGUCUAAGCCCCCCACCUAUCACGUGAGAGGACCAGUUAACCAGGUGUACUCGGAGAUCCUGCUGAGCCGCAUUUGUCCCAAAACCAGAAACUGAACACCUGAGAGGGAGAACAGGUGAGUCCUGCAGGUAGACCUCACCUGUUCUGUUCAGGUUUAAGGACUUAGAGGAGGAAUUAUUCUGCAGUUUUCUCUGAUUCAACACGGCAGGAGAUGGAUGGAUGUGAAGUCAUCAGAACUGAGUUGAACCUGUUUGCCUGGUCAGGUAACUAAACUAAACUACCAGCUGGUUGUCAGAUCACCACCUGGCAGUUUCUCAUGACCACAAGUCAAAAGUUCUGCUGUGUACUAACUACAGGUUAAUGAGCACUAUAUUAUAUAUUAACAACUUUUUUAUUAGUACUAACUAGUAUCCGGUGCCUUUGAAUGUAAAUGAACUAGUUUCAGGUCAUACUAACUCAUGUUCUGACUAGUUUCUGAUUAUAGAUUCAUGCUAACCAUUCCGUUAGCAGUGUUUAAGGCAUCCUAACUAGCUGCUAAUGUGUAACUACUAGUUACUGAUCCAUGCUGCUCUUUUAUUGAUUAACUAGCUUCUUAUUUGUACUGACUAGUUUCUGAUAAAUGCUGCUUUAAUAUUUGUAUUAACUGGUUGCUGAUGAGUAUUAACUAGUUGUUGAUGUGUAAUAGCUUCUUAUUUGUUAUUUUAACUAUUUUCUGACUCGUGGUAACUCAUUUCUCGUGCAUGCUAGCUAGUUUUGCAUUAGUAGUAGUUCAUUUUUGAUCCAUUUUAACUAGUUUCUGAUCCACAGUAACUAGUUUCUGAUAGAUGCUGCUUAUUUCUGCCUAGUAACUAGCUACUGAGGGGUAGUUACCAAUGUCUAAUGCCUAAUGGCUCAUUUUAGAUGUUUUAACUAGUUGCAGAAUUGUUUCUGAUACAUACCAACUAGUUUGUGAUAUCUGCUGCUGUUUAUGUCGACUAACCAGUUUCUAACUCAUUAUUUUCUGACACAUACUAACUAGUUUCUGAUACAUUCUGAUUUUAAAUAUGUGCUAACUAGUCUUUGUAUCACAGUAACUAUUUUCUGAUGUGUACCAACUAGUGCUGCUUUAACAAACUGUUUUCUGAUCCAUAUCAACUAGUUUUUGUUGCAUAGUAACUAGUUUCUGAUACGUACUGCUUUUCUAGCGUACUAACCAGUUCUUGAUGCAAACUAACUAGUUUUGUCUGAUGUGUACUGUUUAUUUUCUGGGCACUAACUAGUUUUUAAAAUGCAGUAACUAGUUUCUGAGGCGUGCUUUUAGACAUUUACUAGUUGUGGAUGCGUAGGAACUCAUUUUUGGAUGUACUCUGCUUUUUCAUUGAGACUAACUAGUUUCUGACUUGUAGUAACUAACCUCUGACUCAUACUAACUAGUUUCACAUGUACAGUGACUAGUUUUUGAUGGAUAGUAACUGAUAGAUGCUGCUUUCUAUGGAUACCAACUAGUUUCUAACUAGUAGGAACUGAUUAGCUUGUGACUGGUACUAACUAGUUCCACAGUACUAGUUAAUGAGUAGUUCCUCAUGUUUACUAACUAGUACACUACACAGUCAGAUGAUGAUUUGUGCUAUUGAUAAUGGAUCAGUUCUAUGUCUGUUGAUCAGCUGCUCUUCUGUCUUCAUUGAUCGAUCGGUUCUGUCUCUGCCUGUACAUAUUGAUGAGCCUCUAGUCGAUCGAUUAUUGAUCAGCUUCUGUCUGUAUAUAUAUUUAUAGGUUUUCUUAUUAUUUUUCUGUAUAUGGGUUCAUAUUUCUGAUGAUUCUUCAGAUUAUCACAGAAUCGAGCGUCUUAUUUGCUGAUAUUUUCUCUAUUUUUCUACAGAUUUGUUUAUUUUGCUUUUGCUGAAAUUUCUGAAUAUUUAUAUGAAGGUGAGGAUUUUUAUUCCAACGAAGGCUGUGAAGAUGAUUUUACCCUCUCUGUUCUUUUAUCUUCACACUUUAUAAUGUCAAUAAAACACAAGAUUUCUAUCAACCAAA